GGGAAAACAACAGCAGGAGCAAGAUGGCGUCGUCCAUGAGUGGGAUGUUUCCCGGCCAGCAGCCGACGGGUGGACAUCCCGUUGGGGGACCCAGUGGACCGGGCCAGCCGGGCUUUCCUGGUACCGCUGCGCGAGCCCAGGGAAACAACACGCUUGUAGAUGAACUGGAGGCUUCUUUUGAGGCCUGUUUUGCAUCCUUGGUAAGCCAAGACUAUGUCAAUGGGACAGACCAGGAGGAGAUUCGAACUGGUGUGGACCAGUGCAUUCAAAAGUUCCUGGACGUGGCUCGACAGACCGAGUGCUUCUUCUUACAGAAGAGGCUGCAGCUUUCUGUGCAGAAACCCGAGCAGGUGGUGAAGGAGGAUGUGUCAGAGUUGCGUAAUGAGCUGCAGAGGAAAGAAUCGCUGGUUCAGAAGCAUUUGGGGAAGCUGCAUCACUGGCAACAAGUGCUGGAGGAUGUCAGCGGUCAGCAUCGUAAACCCUCAGACCUCCCCCCGCCUGGACCACUGGCCUUUCUGGAGCAGGCAUCUGCAAGUCUGCCUCCGGCUCCAUUAAAGCCAAACUAGCACAAUUGAGUUUGCCCCAUAUUCUGACUUUUGUGCGUCAACCAUGGAUAACAAAGAAACACAACCAGACCCAAAAUAAUGAGUGAGUCAAUGUCUUUUAGGACACUGUUGCAUUUACUUUUGGAUUGGAAUGAUAAUAUCUCCAGAAUAUUCACUGACCAGAGUCUGCAACAGCUGUCUGGAGGUGGUGCUGAAACAGGAAAUGCAUGCACGCAGUCAUCAGUCAUACACACUUUAUUUCAAGUGUGUAAGAUGAUUGGGGCACAUUUGUGAAAUGUGACCGAACCUAAUUGGAAAAGUACACAAACCACAUACUUCAUAUGACGUUGGCUGUCAACAGACGGUCAAAUAGACCUAGGUUUCUUGCUGAGCUAUAGACAAUUUUUGUUAUUUCAAUAUAGACUUGUAUAUUAUUUUGUAUUUAAAUAUUUCCAAUGCUGACUUUUGUAUUGAAAAAAUAAAAGUAGUCAGGAUUUUAAAUCUG